GGAAGCGCCGAUAUAAAAACAACGGACUCAUCGGUUUACGCGAUCAAAUGUGAACAAGUGUUUGCUGAGUGCAGACAGCGUGAAAGAUUCGAGUCAGCAAGCAAAAAUAACAACGAUGACGCCAAUUUUUGCGAUUUCUGUUCUUUUAUUUGCAUUGGUAUGUUCCUGUCACGCGCAAGUUAAUAGGCCGGAUUACAGAUAUUGUCAAAAUAAUUCAGAAUGUCAACCAGAUCAUUGUUGUACUAUAGGACCACUAAGGUAUAGUAUACCACAAUGUAAAUCUAUGCAAAAAGAAGGAGAGAUUUGUAGACCAGGUAAUGUUUCAACGCUCAACGUAACGGUUGGAUAUCCGGAUGGUACUGAACUGAAAUUAGAAGACGUCCAUUAUAUUUUUUGUCCUUGCGUCGAGGGACUAUUAUGCGAUGAUAAAGAAGGUGUUUGUAAAGAAAUAGACUAAAAACGUGAUAUAAAUCGACUAUUCAGUAAACAUAACAAAGGAAACGAUUAAUAAGAUCUAAAAAGAAAAAUCGUCCACUAUGAAGAAUAACUAAGUACAUAGAAUGAUUAUAAGGAACAAUCAUAAUAAACAAUUAAGGCAUAAAAAAA